AUGCUGUACGAUUAUUUGUUCACCCCUGAGGUGAAGGCCCCAAAGGAUGAUGGGGGGAAGGAGCAGGACACCCUGGCAGGGAACAAGCAAAUGUCCUACAAAACAUCAGAGGUACAAAUUAAGCACCACGAAGAAGUGCACACAGGAGGGAUGGAAAAUGGUGAUCAUAGGAAGGAGCUCAAGGAGCAUAUGGACCAGCUAAAAAUGCUACAUAAAAGUUUAAAAAGCAAAGAUCGAAAUACAUACGGUCAGGUAAAACCAAGUGGAGGCGAAAGUGUACACAGUAAUGAUGGCGCACUGGGGGAUACCCAUACUGGGGGGGACCAAACGAGUGAAGAGAGUCUGGCCAAAUAUGUGCAAAACGAAAUAAAAAACAACGAGAAAUUAAAUAAAGAAAAAAAAAGCUACGACGAAAUUAACCUACUGGAGGAUAAUUCAAAAAAAUUACAAAAUGAUAUUCACACCUGGCUCCAGUCUGUAAAAAAUAUAACGGAAAAGACGAGCAAAUUGAAGGACAUUAAAACGCAGCUGCUGAACAACAUCGCCUCGUUAAAUGAAACCCUGACGGAAGAAAUUGAAAAUAUAAACGAAAUUAAAAAGUUGCAAAAGGAACAGAAUGAAAUAUUUUCCGAAAAUUGGCUCUACUUCCUCCCCUCCACGUCGGACAGCUUGGCCAGCGAGGGACGCGACGGCAGCUUUCAACAGGAGGGACGCUCCGCAAGUUAG